UUCAUAGCUUUGCUAACUUCACUGGAGUGCAGCGUGUUGAUGUAGGAGAGGAUCUCGGAGAAACAAGUUUUUCGCGUGGCGGACACUCAAACUCGAGCGGAAAACAGAGAAAAUGGACAUGAACAAGAGGGUUUCGUUAGAGCUGAGGCACCGGUCGCCAUCAGAGGUCCAUGAGCUGGUUCUGGACAACUGCCGCUCCGGCGACGGGAAGAUGGAGGGGAUCACGGAGGAGUUCUCCAACCUGGAGGUGCUCAGCCUCAUCAACGUGGGUCUGACCAGUAUGGCGGGAAUCCCCAAACUGGACAAACUGAAAAAGCUGGAGCUGAGCGACAACAGGAUAUCGGGAGGGUUGGAGGUUCUGGCGGAGCGGCUGGUCAACCUGACGCACCUCAACCUGAGCGGGAACAAGUUCAAAGACAUCAGCACGCUGGAGCCGCUGAAAAAGCUGCCUCAGCUGAAAAGUCUGGACCUGUUCAACUGCGAGGUCACCAACCUGGCCGACUACAGGGACUCCAUCUUCAAGCUCCUCCCCCAGCUCACCUACCUGGACGGCUACGACGUCAACGACCGCGAGGCGUCCGACUCUGAAGGCGAGGGAGACGGCGUCGACGAUGAGGGCGAAGAAGAGGGGGAGUCGGAAGACUUUGAGGAUGAGGAGGAGGAGGACGAGGAAGAUGUGGUGGCUGAGGAUGAUGAUGAAGAUGACGACAGCGCAGACGAUGAGGACGGAGAGGUCAACGGAGAUGUGGACAGCGAGGACGAAGACGAGGAUGAGGAGGACGAGGAUGAGGAUGAUGAAGACUCGUCUCCCGUCAAAGGAGAGAAGAGAAAGAGAGACCCUGAAGACGAGGAUGAAGAGGAGGACUGAGCUCCACUGGACGCCCACCUGACCUCUGACCCCACCCCCCUCUGGGCUGCAUCCCGUCCCCCAGCGCCCCCCCUCACACCUGAACCGAAAAACAUUUCAAUCUUUUUUUUUUUACAAACAUUUAACUAAAAAGAACAAAAAAUUAAGACCAAAACGUGACUUUUUUUGUUUGGUAACUAUAGAAAUUCCCAAUUUUUUUUUUUUUUUUCAUCUUGAUGAAGCAAACAUGAAAUUUCGGAUCAAACUUGAACGCCGCGUCGCCUCAGAACCUUUGGAAUCAGAGAAAAACGUUGAAACUUCCCAUCUUUUUCUAGUGUUCCCUUUGUUAUCGGCACAGAUGACGUCAUCUUUCCGGAUGUUUUUUUGUUUUUGUGCGGUCCAGGUGCGUCUCCCUCCCCUCCCCCCCUCCCCCGCAGCCGUGCGCUCAGGGCAAACUCUGUUCUCUUUGCCAGCAGAGCUUUUUAACGUUUUCCUGUUUGUCUGUUUUCUUGCAGAGGUUAUUUUUGUUCAGGUUCAUUUGUCUGGAGACUCCGCCCCCCUCCCCCUAUCUUUUCUUGUCCCCCCACGCCUUGAUUUCUUCAACCUCCAGUUAUUUUGUUCACACUGACUUACUUGUUUUUUUUUUUUUUUUUUUACUUUCUGUAAGUUAAAUAAAAACAUGCGAAAAAGGACUUUGUAAAUAAAAUCUUAACAUUUUGCUUC